AUGGCCACCAAAACAGCAACAAAGUUAGCCGGGAGUCCCGCGCAAAAGCGCAAGCGUGGACCAACAGCAUCGUCACCAAAUAAGGCGCGCAAGUCAACAGAAAAUAAAACGACCUCCGCAAAGGCUGCAGGAAAGCGACCAUCCAACGUCCAGCCCGGCGACCCAGCACCUACAGGCAAACGCCGCCGCUACAAGCCCGGGACUGUAGCGCUUAAAGAAAUUCGCCGCUACCAGCGCUCAUACGACUUACUGAUCGCGAAACUCCCCUUCGCUCGCCUCGUCCGCGAAGUCGCACUGGACCUCCUCCCGCCGACGUCGGCUCCGAGCUGCGCUGGCAGUCACACGCUAUCCAGGCGCUGCAAGAAGCCGCCGAGGCAUUCAUGGUACAUCUAUUUGAAGACACGAACCUCUGCGCGCUACAUGCGAAGCGUGUGA